UUUUAUAUAAAUGAGUGAAAAUUAUUUGAUGUGAUACAAAGAUUAAGCUAUAAAUUACGAGUAUCCCUUAAAAUGUGUACAUAUCUAUUGUUUAGCUCAUUUUGAGUUAAUCAAAGAUUUAAGAAUCGAAUAUUUUUAAUUGAUAACUUUUUAGCAAGAAAUUAUGAUCGUAAAUCAUUUUUAUUGUUGAAACUAUAAAAUUUCAGAGGUUUUUAAACAUGUAAUUUUUAUAAACAAAACUAAAUUAAAAUGAGUACUCUACAUAAGAAUUGCCUUAAUCAGCCUGGACGAAAGAAAGUUCAAAUAUCAUUUGUUAUUCGUGAUGAAGAAGAACGUAGACAUCGAGCUGGUGUUAAUUCUUUACAAUUAGAUGCUAAACAAGGAAUAUUAUAUUCCGCAGGACGUGAUAGUAUUAUUCGACAAUGGGAUGUUCGUGAUAAUGUUGAAGCAAAAUAUUUACGUUCACUUGAACACCACACAGAUUGGGUGAAUGAUAUUAUAUUAUGCUGUGGAGGAAACUAUUUGAUAUCAGCUAGCUCAGAUACUACUGUUAAAUUAUGGGGAUUGCGAAAAGAAAAUACAUGUUUAUCAACAUUACGAACUCAUAAAGAUUAUGUGAGAGCUUUAGCAUAUGCUCGUGAUAAAGAAGUAGUUGCAUCUGCAGGGCUUGAUAAAACUAUUUUUUUGUGGGAUGUCAACAUGUUAACAACUUUAACCACAACAAACAAUACAGUUACAACUGCUUCAUUACCUGGUAGUAAAAAUUCAAUAUACAGUUUAGCAAUGAAUAAUAGUGGCACUGUUUUAAUAAGUGGUAGUACAGAAAAAGUAUUACGAGUAUGGGAUACAAGGACUAGUGAUUGUAUGAUGAAACUAAUUGGACAUACUGAUAAUGUUAAAGCUCUAGUAGUAAGCAAAGAUGGCACUCAAUGUUUAUCUGGAAGUUCUGAUGGAACUAUUAAGCUUUGGUCUCUUGGUCAACAACAAUGUAUACAAACUUUAAGAAUUCAUAAAGAAGGUGUUUGGGCACUGGCUGCGACAGAGAACUUUUCACAUGUGAUAUCUGGAGGAAGAGAUAAAAAAGUUUAUUUAUCUGACUUGAAAAAUCCCAACAAAAUUCAACUUAUUUGUAAUGAAGAUGCUCCAGUAAUAAAAAUGGUUACCACAAUAGAUAUGAAUGCUGUUUGGAUAGCUACAUCUGAAUCAACAAUCCACUGUUGGAAGCUAAAAAAAACUGACGAAUCUGCUGAUUUAGAUGAUGUACCAACAGUACCUUAUAAUACUGAACCUUAUAGAAAAUUACAAGGAUCAGCUGCUAUAAGAAAAUAUCAUGUGCUAAAUGACAAAAGAACAAUACUUACACUUGAUACAGAAAAGAAUGUUGCAAUUUAUGAUGUUCUCAAGGCUUCCAAGUUACAAGAUUUAGGACAGGUAGAUUUUGAAGAAGAAAUUAAAAAAAGGCAUCGUGUAAUCUACAUACCAAAUUGGUUCAGUGUUGAUUUGAAAACAGGAAUGCUUACAAUACAUUUAGGACAAGAUGAAAAUGAUUGUUUUGCUGCUUGGGUAUCAGCUAAAGAAGCUGGUAUUAAUGUCGCAGAUGAUAAUUUAAAAGUCAAUUAUGGUAAUCGUAUGUUACGAUCUUUGUUGGAAAAUUGGUUAAAUCGUAUUCAAACUGACUCAGCUGAAGGGUUGCAAACAACUGAAUUAAAUGCACAAUCUAGACUUGAUUUUCAAUGUUGUCAAAUACCUUCACAUACACCACUUAUGAUUAAUGAAGUAGGAGGACGGUGUUUGUACAGAAUGCUUAUUAGUCAAGCAGGAGAUGAAAAUGAUGUUUCGAUUUUAAAUGAAACAAUUCCUGCGUGGGUUAUGAAUGUCAUUGUUGAAAAAACACUGCCUAAAGCUCUCAAAAUAUCAUUUUAUCUAGUGCCACAGUCAAACACGUGUAUAAGGCCUGUUAAAAAUGGUACUCUUCGACCAAGCAGAGAUCGCUUAGUUGCUAAUGAUUUUAUUCAAGUUCAAAAAAUAGCUGAAUAUAUUCAUGAAAAAUUAUCUGAAAAUGAUAACAAUGGACCUUAUAAUAAAACAUCAGACUGUAUAAAUAAUCAUUUACAAGGAAACACACCAGAAAAAAUUUUUGAACUCAGUUGUAAUGAUCAAGUUCUUUCGCCAUCAAUGGAUUUAAGAACUGUCAAACAUUUUAUUUGGAAAUCUUCAGCAGACUUAACAAUUUAUUUUAAGGCAAUACAUUAAGUUUGUGUAGUAAAAUUUAUACUAUUUUAGUUGAUAAUUAUAGUCUUCAAUUUCUUUACUUUAUGAUAUUGUUUAUAUAUUAAAUACUUAUGUCUGUUUAUUUGUACAAAAAUUUAUUCCUUUUAUUAUCUUAUUUUACAAACUUUUUAACUCAGGUAAUGAAAUAUCAACAAAUUCAUUAAAAUAUAAAUUUGUGUAAAAAUGUUUUUUGUUCAAGCAAUACACAAGUACAAAGUACAAUUAUUUAAGUAGUUAAAAAUUUAAUUACUAUAACUUAAAGAGCAUGAUUUCCUUUAUUCUAUUAAGUAAUAUAUAUUGUAAAAUUUAGAUGAACAAUUUAGAAUGUUAGCACUUUAGA